GAAGCAAUGAGAAGAAAGAUGCACAUUCGCCCUGCUUAAUUUGCAGGAGCCCUUCUUGUUGCAGCAAAGUGUGGCGGCAGAAGGAGAUUCGUUCACAAGGACUUGGCGUUUUGCUUGAGGCGAUAGACGCCAUUGCCAUUGGUUAGGAGAGACGAUCCGUGUAGCUGUCGGUUUAGCUGCAGAAGACGUUGCCAUGGCUUCCUCAACCGUUGCCCUGCGCGCGGGGUCGCUGGCCUCCUUCCAGGUGGUCGAGCGCAGCGCUUCUCAGACUGGGCGGAGCGCCCCUUGUUGCUCCAGGGCACUCGCUCUGAAGAGCUCAGCAAGCAGCUUUGCUGCGCCGGCGUCCUUCGGGGUCGCAGCCUCCAAGCGGAAUGGGGUCAUGAUGAUGGCUGCCGCAGCAGCAGAGGCCCCCAAGCCUAGGAAGGGCGCCAAGGGCGAAAUUGAUGAGUCCCUGUUGACCCCUCGGUUCUACACCACGGACUUUGAUGAGAUGGAGCAGCUGUUCAACAAGGAGAUCAAUCCCAACCUCAAUGAUGAGGAGUUUGUGUCGCUGCUCCAGGAGUUUGCGGCAGACUACAACCAGACGCACUUUGUGCGCAGCUCAGAGUUCAAGGCGGCAGCGGAUAAGCUGGAGGGGCCGACGAGGAAGAUUUUUGUGGAGUUCCUCGAGCGGAGUUGCACGGCAGAGUUCUCAGGGUUCCUCCUGUACAAGGAGCUGGGCCGCAGGCUCAAGAAGACAAACCCUGUGAUUGCUGAGAUCUUCACCCUCAUGUCUCGGGAUGAGGCACGACAUGCUGGCUUCCUGAACAAGGCCCUCUCCGACUUCAACCUCGCGCUCGACCUCGGGUUCCUGACCAAGACGCGCAAGUACACCUUCUUCAAGCCCAAGUUCAUCUUCUACGCCACGUACCUGUCCGAGAAGAUUGGCUACUGGCGCUACAUCACCAUCUACCGCCACCUCAAGGAGAACCCCGACAAACAGCUGUACCCCAUCUUCAAGAAGUUUGAGAACUGGUGCCAGGACGAGAACCGCCACGGCGACUUCUUCUCCGCGCUGCUCAAGUCCACCCCGCAGUUCCUCAACGACUGGAAGGCCAAGCUCUGGUCACGCUUCUUCUGCCUCUCUGUGUAUGUCACCAUGUACCUGAACGAUACCCAGAGGACUGGCUUCUACGAGUCAAUUGGGCUUAACACUAGGGACUUCGACAUGCACGUAAUCAUUGAGACUAACAGGACCACCGCCCGCAUCUUCCCCGCCGUGUUGGACGUCGAGAACCCCAAGUUCCAGCAGGGCCUCGACCGGUUGUGCAUUCUGAAUGAGAAGCUUCUCUCCAUCAAGAGGAGCGGCGGUAACCAGUUCGUACAAAACGUUAAGCUUAUCCCCGUCAUUGCCGGUUUUGCUUCAGAGCUGCUAGGCCUCUUCUUGAUGCGGCCAGUUGAGGCUGGGUCGACUGACAUGGGCUCUUCUUUCGAGCCCUCGCUUACAUACUAGAUGUAGAUUCGGAACCGCGGGAGUCGUUGAAAGUCAAGACACAUAGGAGCUGUCAGCUUCUGGCGCGAAAGCUGCGCUGGUGGCCGCUGGUGGAACGUAUUUUUGAUGUGAAUAAUGUAAAAGCAUACGGCAGAGACGGGAUACGAAUUCGCGGCACAGCUUUGUGCAACCGCUUGUUCUAAGCAAAGAGUGCCAAGAAGCUCUCUUACUCGAUCAUGAGCAUUGAUUAAGCUGGCCCCUAGAAUUGUUUUGAGUGGGG